AUGACCGGUCAAGGCUGCUAUUUAAUUUACGAACGUUUGGGAUCUGGAUCAUUUGGAGAGGUUUACAGAGCUCGCGCCCCAUCUGGAGAAGACAUAGCCAUCAAAACUAUCGAGCUAGACUACGAGGAUGAUGUUGAUGUUAUUCUGUCAGAGCUCCAGUUUUUAAAAGAUAUGCGCUCACCCUUUAUCACAAAUGUGUAUAGCGCUUGUAUUCAAGACACAGCCCUGUGGAUCAUGAUGGAAUACUGUGCUGCUGGAUCAGUACACUCUUUUCUAGCUCACUUUGGUGUUUUCAAAGAGGACUGUGCGAUGUUUGUUUUGCGGGAAACACUCAAGGGCCUGGAUUAUAUCCAUUCUCAAAACAAGGUGCACCGUGAUCUCAAAGCCGCAAACAUCCUUGUAACUGCUCAAGCAGAUAUCAAGAUCGGAGACUUUGGUGUGGCUGCACAACUUUCUCAAACGCUACCUCAGCGUGCCAGUCUGAUGGGCACUCCGUACUGGAUGGCCCCUGAAGUUAUCAAAGGUCAACCCUAUACGAGACCCGUAGACAUCUGGUCUUUGGGUAUUUUAGCAUGGGAGCUAGUUAUGGGUACGCCACCGCAUUAUAAUCUUCCGCAACAAAGUGCAUUUAUUCAAAUCGCUAACGGAGAUGCGCCACGUCUCCCCCACAGAAGCCCGCGUCGCCCGCAUAAUGACGGUCCCGCGUUCUCAAGAGUUUAUUGCAAUCUUGUUCACAUGUGCCUUCAAAAGAAUCCUAAGGAUCGCCCGACCGCAAGCCAGUUCUUGAUGGACAAAGUAUUUCAUCGUGUCACUAAACCGGAGUCGUUUGUUCAGCUGGUGUCCCGUCAAGUGGCCAGACGCAACCGUCAUGCAGCCAGAACUCAGCCAAGAAUCUUUGACCCUAAUGUUCCAACACUUCCACAAGAGGAUGUCAAUGAGUGGGACUUUAGUGCACCAACUGUAACUGAUGAACUGCAGAGAACCCUUGAUCGUGUAUGGGCGAAACUCCAUUUGAGAGCACCGCCAACUCCCAUCUCACCUGAUGCCGAGAGUGAAAAGCAAGUUUAUGGAUCGGAUGAUAACAGCGGAAAAAUGGCAAUUUCACCUGAAGCCUCACCUGCACUGUCAGUCCCCUCUCCUGGGGCUGUUCCACCGUCGGGAUCUGUUGCAGUUACACCAGGAGAUGCUCCAUCUAAACAAGCCAAAGCAGAACCAAAUCAAAAUAACAAACCUACAAGUCCACCCUUGUACUCACCUCAAAAGAAUCGACCACGCUAUGGCAAGUCUAGCAACGAGUAUAAACGGGUGUUCGAACCGGCUUUUCGCUCACUACAGCACCGAGCCCGCAAACCCGAUGUCUAUAACGUUAUGGGCAAUUUGAUAUGGUACUGGUUCCAGUUGGAUUCUAGUAUGCCUGGCUUCUCCCAAGCCGUUCUUCAGGAGCUUUUGCGAGUACUAAACCUCACAAAUCCAUUGAACAAGUAA